UUCCUACUCUUUUCGAACACGAAUUGCUGGGUCCCGUGCGGUCCUUGUCCGUUUAUUUAUAGGUUAAGCUACAGGAGAGCCUCGGGAGCAGUAUCCUAAUAUAGUAUGGUAAUUGUUCGUAUUCACUAAAACAAAAAUAUACUAAAUUCCUCAGUAAUUUAAUUAAAGUUUUAAUCUGAGAGUUUCAACAAUGAUUUGUCUUUAGUGAUUUAACUUUUAAUAAGUAUUAAAGUUAACCUAUACAUCUUUUAUAAACUCCUAUUACCAUGUCCGGCGAUGUACAGCCACGCAAAAGAAAAGAUAAACGCAAAAAGAAAGGUUCAUUGGAUGCUCGACGAAAUGAGGAGUAUUCAGAAGAAAGUGCUUUAUUUCGAAGACAGAGCUCAGCAGCAGCAGACGAGGAAGAAGUUCUUCAACAUCAUGGCAGUAUUGGUGGAUCCGAUGAAGUUAUCCAUAUCCACAAAGAGAGCAUCCUUGGAGGCAAUAUCUGUUCAAAAAUCGUGUUCUUUGGCUUGCUGGGAGCACUUGGUGUUAUGGUUGGCCUAAUAAUUAUUGAGUACCAUGGAACUAGUGAUGUUGAUACACAAUCUGCAGUUGACUCCCCAUGGUCUGUGAUGCUGGAAGGAUGGGUUGAUAACAGUCCUGCUGGCCAUGAUGAUCACGAACCAGGCGAACAUUCAUCCCAUGAAGAGGAAGAACAUGAUGAACACGAUGAACAUGAUGAUGAAGAUGAAGAAGAUGAAAAUUUAGAUAGUGAAGAAAAUGAUUUAGAUAUAGAUGAUGAUGAGGAGGAGAAUGAAGAUGACGAUGAUGAUGAUGAAAAUGGUGAGGAGGAGGAGGAAGAUGAUGAUAGAGAAGAAGAAGAGUAUGAUGAUGACGAAGAAAUGGAUGAAGUCGAUGAGGAUGAAGAGGAAGAGGAAGUAGAGGAUGAGGAAGAGGAGGUAGAGGAUGAUGAUGAAGAGGAAGUAGAUGAUGAGGAUGAGGAAGAGGAAGUAGAGGAUGAGGAAGAAGAGGAAGAGGAGGUAGAGGAUGAGGAAGAAGAAGAAGAGGAGGAGGAAGAAGAGGAGGAGGAAGAAGAGGAAGAGGAGGAGGUAGAGGAAGAGGAGGAGAUAGAGGAUGAAGAGGAGGAAGAAGAUGAAGAGGAGGUAGAAGAUGAAGAGGAGGAAGAAGAGGAUGAAGAUGAGGAAAGGGAAGAAGAAGAACAGGAAGAGGAGGAAGAUGGUGAUGAUGAAGACAAUGAUGGUAAAGAAGAUGAAGAUGAAGCUGAUGAAGGUUUUAAAAAGAAACGAAGAUCUAUGUUCAGUAAAUAUACAUCUGAAGAAGACAAUGAAAAUGAAGAAGAAGUUAGUGUUAGUAGAGGAAAAUUGAAAGAAAAGAAACCAAGCAGUGAUAGUUUAUUAUCCCAAUCAAGGAAAAAAUAUCUGUAUGCAAUAAUGGAAAAACUUAGGAAAGAAGACAAAAUUUUAAAGAAAGAAAAAUAUGCCUUUAAAUCUCUUAAGAAAGUAGUAGAGGAAGAGGAUGGUGAUGAAAGUGAAGAAGUUUUUGUGCAUUCCAUUAAAUCGGAGGUGGCUGAAGAAGAUGAAAUGGCAAAGGAUGAACAUGUAUCAGAGGAUGACAUUGAAGAACAAGAAGAAGAUGAAACAACAGGAGUGGCAUUGAAAUUUGGUGUGGGAGUUGCUCUAGUAUUUGUUGCACACGUUGUUCUUAUCCGAAAAUGGAGUGAAGGCGAUGGAGUGGAUUUAAUUCAGGCGACUGAAGAAGUGCCCGAGAGUGCUGAUGUGCCUCCCUCGUAUGUUAUGCGUCGUCAGACUUUGCUCCCCACUGAGGUUUUAGAGGAAACUCCAGUCAUCACCCACUCUCAGGUAGCAGAGGCUGAGUAUUCUGAAGGAGAACAUGAGGAUGAAGAAGCUGAAGAAGACAUAGAUGAGGUUACUUUUGUUAAACAAACCUAUGAAGACUUAAAAGCAGCAUAUAGCCAAGUGACUCCUGAAGAAAGCGAAGCAGAACCAACUGAAGAAACAAGCUUGAAGUCAAAUGAAGAAGGUGCAACGGAGAGUGAACCUGAAGCAAGUGAGACAGAAGAAGAGGAUGAAGAAGAGGAAGUGAAAGAAGAUGAUCCUCUCGGACAAUGGAAGAGUGACAGUGGGCCAGAACUGCUGGCGGAGGAAGUAGAGGAAGUCCAAACUGGCUCUGAAACUGAAGAAGAAGAAGAAUCAGAGGGUGAGGAAGUUGCAACGGGAGGACCCAAGUCCAUUGAAGUUGACGAAGGACAAAGCAAUCAAGAUUUUGUAAAUGAAGACAUUUUUGAACCCAGGGAAAAUGUGAAUGAACAUGAAGAAAAGUUGGAGUCAUACGAAAAUGCAGACAUAACGAAUGAGGCGGAUUGGGAGAUCCGAGAGGAAUUAGAUGAGGCUGACCGAUACCUGGAGGAUGGGAACCCUAGCUCAGCUUUGUCCAAGUUCUCUGCCCUUGUAUCCACCUUCCCCCUGUCGCCCCGUGCCCUGUAUGGCAAGGCGCGAGCUCUGGACUCGAUGGCCGAGGCUCGUCGCAGCAACCAGCUGUUGGUGGAAGCCAUAGCAGCCUACACUUCAGCUCUGCGGGCUCCCAACAUUACAGACACUCUGCUCCUACGUUUGGCCAAUCGUACCAUCGAUCGAAUGAGGUUCAAAGGUUUACAUGCUCAAGCAGUAGGCGUCCACAAUGAACUCAUUCAAAGAUUCCCCACCAACAUUACAUACCAGAUAGAACUGGCUAUCACCUAUCUAAUGAUAAAUAGGCUGGAGUUGGCAAGGAGUGUACUGGAAACUGCUCAUAAACAGUGGCCGUCAGAUGUAAUAUGUCGUGGCUACCUCGGCCUCACACUCAAACUGCAAGGCCACCAUAAACUGGCUGUCCCUCACCUUCUGGCUAGUGUCAAGUCUGACCAACCAGAGACUAUCAACAGCCGCUUCUACUUCCACCUGGGAGACGGCCUGCAGAGGUUGAAUAGAAAUGAUGAAGCAAUGGAGAUUUAUGAAAAAGGAGUCAUUAAAGGAAUUUUUCGUUCAAAAUAUCAAAGAUCUCUCUACAAUGUUGAUAGACUGAAAGCUAAGCCUUGGUGGACUUUGGAAGAAUCAACUUACAGCUCAUUUUUCAGGAAGCUUGAGUCUAACUGGAGAACAAUCAAAAGUGAAGGUCUUAGUGCUUACAGAGAACGAUCAGGUUAUUUAGAUGAAGCAGAAAGUCUAAGAGACAUUGGAGAUUGGAAACAAUAUGAACUAUUCGCAAGAGGUAAAAAAUAUCAACAAAACUGUAAGAAAACUCCUGUAACUUGUCAACUGAUAGAAGAGUUCAGUGCAGCUAGGGACUGUCGGCGGGGUCAGGCCAAAUUCAGUGUGAUGGAAGGAGGAACACACGUCUGGCCGCACUGUGGCCCCACCAACUGCAGGUUGAGAGCCCAUCUGGGGCUCAUUGUGCCAUCUGGAACCACCAUCAGGGUAGCUGAACAUACCAGAACCUGGGAAGAAGGAAAAGUGAUUAUAUUUGACGACAGUUUCGAACAUGAAGUGUGGCACAAUGGUACAGAGCAACGAUUGAUCCUCAUUGUGGAUGUCUGGCAUCCGGAAUUGACUGCCAAAGAGAGAGCUUCACUCACAGCCAUCUAGAAUUUUCCUUCAUACUCAUUUUAAUUAUAGAAUCUAGUUUUAUUAGUUUUUAUGUUGUGUACUGUAAUUUAACUUUAAUUGACUUUUUACAUCAUGCCAUACCAAAAACUACCAAAUAAUAGAAGUAGUUACUUGUAAAUUGUAUGUCAACAUAACUUAUUUAAUUUUAGGUAUGAAUCAAAUUAAAUACUUUUGUAAUAAUACAUUUUUUGUUUAUUUUUA